AUGGCAGAUCCGUUUGAGGUUCGCAUGCGAUUCAGCUUGCAGCUGCAGCAUCUCAACGCCUCGGUCAAUUCCGCACAGAAGGCAGCGCAGUAUGCCUUGAAAUUCAAGGAUAUGGACGAAGAUUUGCACUCGUGUAUUCUCGAGCAAGUGGAGCGUAAUAACAUGAACACCCGUGCAAACAUUAUGUACUUCAUCGAGCAUUUUCUGGAUCUGGCCAAGGAGGGCCAUGCCGACUAUGUGCGCAUGAUGCAGCGGGAUAUCAUUCGCGUCGUCGAUGCUGUUGCUCCCGACGACGGAUCUGGGGCCACCAAUGUCAAGGUGGUCCGUAAAGUUUUGCGAGGACUCCAGAGUAAAGGUCACCUGGAGUCCCAAGCAGUCAGCCAAAUCGAGGAUGUUCUCAAAGAGCGAGAAACAAACGACGCCGACCUGAGCCCUGCAUCCCCAAACGCUGACGUUGACAUGGCCGAUCAGCCAGAUGCGCCGAGCGCUCCAAAGGGAAGUCACAAGCCGGCAGCACAUGGCCUGGAUAAGCGACAGAUCGAGCAACGUAUAGAAGAGGACAGAGAACGACACAAACGACAAAGGGAAAGCAUCUGGGCGAUACCCAAAACGCGCGACGCAGAGAUGGAAAGAUUAUGGGAAGAGACCAGUGACUUUGGUGAAGACGAUGAUCGUCUACUCACGGAAGAGGCUGUGGAGUUUGAAAAAGAAAUGACAAUGCAGCAUUGCCCUCAUCAGCGUUCUGCAAACGGAGACCAUUAA